CGGAACUCUUUGUACCGAUUUGAAGUUUCCGUGGGACGUUUUACUGAGACGUACCUCGUCUGUAUCAUCGCUAAAGGAGUCUACCAGUCGGCAGUGGAAACAUGAAUGUGAAUCAAGGGACGGUGGGCAGCGACCCGGUCAUUCUGGCCACGGCGGGGUAUGACCACACUGUCCGGUUUUGGCAGGCCCACAGCGGGAUAUGCACCCGCACCGUCCAGCACCAGGAUUCUCAAGUAAACUCCCUCGAAGUCACGCCUGACAGAAGUAUGAUUGCAGCUGCAGGAUAUCAGCAUAUCCGCAUGUACGACCUGAACUCCAACAACCCAAACCCUGUGAUCAACUACGACGGGGUCAGUAAGAACAUCACGUCUGUGGGCUUCCACGAGGACGGACGCUGGAUGUACACGGGAGGAGAGGACUGCAUGGCUCGCAUCUGGGACCUGAGAUCAAGAAACCUGCAGUGUCAGAGAAUCUUUCACGUAAACGCUCCAAUUAACUGUGUGUGUCUGCAUCCCAACCAGGCUGAGUUGAUCGUCGGAGACCAGAGUGGAGUGAUUCAUAUCUGGGAUCUGAAAACGGACCAUAAUGAGCAGCUGAUUCCAGAGCCAGAGGUCUCAAUCAACUCUGUCCACAUCGAUCCAGAUGCCAGUUACAUGGCAGCAGUCAACAGCUCGGGAAACUGUUACGUGUGGAACCUGGCCGGAGGGAUGGGAGAUGAAGUGACUCAGCUCAUUCCCAAAACUAAGAUCCCAGCACACAAGCGCUACUCGCUGCGCUGCAAAUUCAGCCCAGACUCCACACUGCUGGCCACCUGCUCGGCAGAUCAGACCUGUAAAAUCUGGAGAACGUCCAAUUUCUCGCUGAUGACGGAGCUGAGCAUCAAGAGCAACAAUCCUGGCGAGACGUCCAGGGGCUGGAUGUGGGAUUGUGCGUUCUCAGGAGACUCUCAGUACAUUGUUACAGCGUCUUCAGACAACCUCGCACGCCUGUGGUGCGUGGAGACCGGCGAGAUCAAGAGGGAGUAUAGUGGGCACCAGAAGGCCGUGGUGUGCCUGGCCUUUAAUGACAGCGUGCUCGGCUGAAGGGGAGGAGCCACGGAGCAGGAGCGUGGAGCAGUGAAGGGAUGCAAAGCGUGACGGACUCCUUAAAGAGUGUGUUUCAGGUGUGAGAGGAGCAGUGAAGCAACACGACCACACUUUAAAGUGCCUGUGACAUCCUUCAAAUACAAAAAGUCAAAGAAAGCAUCUUUAUACUUAAGAAAAUUGGCAUGGUACACAUGAUUUUACCCAUUUU